AUGAAAGAAAAUAAUUACACAAGAGAAACAAGCCCAAAUGUUACUAGAUCAUGACCUAUGCUUUCCAUUUUAAAUCACUUGAAACUAAUCAAACAAUAUGAGAGAAAGUCUGUGAAAAUCACCAAACGGGAAAGAAAAAGAAAACUUGAGAAUUUUUUUCACCUUAAAGAGGCAAGGAAAGCUGCGAAGAAAGGACAGCUAAUCAAAGCGUUCGACCCUGACAACUUUUUAACUUUCACCAUCCUUGAUCGAACGGCUCGCAAUCUUUCGAUCAAGGAUGGGGGUUAAAAAAAAUGUUUUUGGGGGAAAACAAUUUAUAUAUAAAAUAAAAAAUAUAUGUUUUUUUUUAUAUACUUUUAAAUAAGAGGGUUAAAGAGUAUUUAAUAAUUAUUUUACAGUAAAAAAUUGAAAUUAUUUCAUAAAAAUACCAAUUUUUAUUAUUUUGAUUUUUUGGUUACCCUUUCAAACUGUAUAAAUUUUAAUUUGUUCCUUAUUGAAUUAAAAAUUUUAAAUUUUAAAGAAUCUCUAUUUUAGAUUAUUGAGUUUUUAAGCCAAGGUUGAUGGCUAAAGCACUUCGGAUGGCUGAUUCCGUAGCUUUCUGUCGUCUCAAAGCCUCUGGUAGCAACUUCAUUAGGCACUUCCCCUAAGCUUUUGAUAACUAAUAUAUUUAUAUAUUUAUAAAAAUUUGCAUGAUAUGAAAAACGUUCGAUCAAGGAUGAGGUUAUUUUUCCCAAUUUUUAGGAAUUUUUACAGUGAAUCGUUCGAUCAAGGAUGGGGGGAUUAAGAGUUUUUUGGGACGUUUUAAUACUGGCAAUUACAGCUUAUCAAUGCAUAAUAAUUCCUUUUAUUUUGUCAUUCAAUCCAACACCCAGCAGUGCUGUGCUCAGCACUGUGCUAGCAACAGAAAUUUUAUAUUUUUUGGAUAUUUUAGUUCAAAUCAACACAGCUUACUAUAUUUAUGGAGCGUACAUUAUUGACAGAAAAUCCAUAAUAUGGAAUUAUGUGAAGAGCUGAUUUAUUUUGGAUGUUAUUACUUUUUCCCCUAAUUUUAUGUACUUAUAUAAGCUGUCUUAUAUGCCUAUUGAAGGGGUUCAUUUAAAGGAUAUUACAAGAUAUGAUGUUUUAAAUUAUAUAUGGUUGCUUAAACUUGUGAGACUUGCGAAGAUGAAGAAGAUAAUAUAUUUGGUUGAGGACUCUUUAUCAAGCCCGCGGUUUGUGGCUAUUAUACAGAUUCUUAAGUUUUUAUUGGUAGCGAUAUUAUGGGCUCAUUGAAUAAGUUGCAUAACAAAUAUUUUUUACGAAGAUGCGCUGUUACGUUAUGGAGAUCUGUAUUCUAUGUAUAAAGUUAAUGUUGGGGAUAGAUAUGUGGUUAUAGGAAAUACACCUCCUUCAAGCCUAACUAUUUAUAACAAACAAUAAAUAUAUUGGAGUAUAUUAGCUUCUGCAUAAGCUUUUUAGCUUAUUUACGAAUAGAAUAGAUACUUGGUGAUCGUAGGCAAAUUUUAUGAGAUAUCAUGGAUAAUAAGUAAGUGAAUUAAUAAAGAAAUAUGCCUUUAUUUCCUCAAGUAUGGACUCAGCCAAUCUAAUUAGACCUAUAUCUCAUUUAAAUUUAACACAAAAACAUAAGCCAAGAUUCUUAAUUACAUUUUAUUUAUUAAAAUUAUGGUAUAUUCUAGAAAUAAAAUUAAGCAUUUAUAACCUUCGUAAAAAAUGCACAAAAUCACCUUACUCCCCCCCCCCCUCCGUGAGCGAACAAAACCAUUAGAAAAAUCGCCAUUUUUUGACCCAAAAACCCACCCUCCGUGAGUGAACAAAAAUUUUUUUUAAUAGAAAAAAUUUAAUGGAAAAAAAUUUUGAUAUAUAAGUGAUAAUUAGUAUAAUGAAAUCUAGAGCUAAUUCUGUUUAAUUUUAAACAAAUUGCGUUUUAAAACAUAAAUUUUGCAAAAUUAAAUUAAUAUUUGCUUCCCAAUUUUUGCAAAUUAGGAUUUUUUUAAAUUUCGAAAAAAAUAUUUUUUAUAAAAUUUAUAUAUAAAUUUUUUUUUAAAAAAAAAAAAUUAAACCCCCCUCCGUGAGCGAACAAAAUUUUUUUGUUCGCUCACGGAGGGGGGGGGGGGGAGUUAGAAUUUGAUUGAACUUUCAUUCCGCGAUAUUUCUAUAUGUUUUCAAAUAUGAAAUUAGAAUUAAAAAAGGUGUUACUUAAUUAACCAGAUAUUUAUUCAUGCUUUAUUAUGCAGCUUUAACGAUGACUUCUUGCGGCUUUGGAAGCUAUUUCAUAAUCUCUGAUUUACAAAUGGUAAACGCAAUGACAACAAUGUUUUUUGAAUGCUUUUUGUUCGGCUUUUUAAUAGGAAGCAUUCAAACAGUAAUCGGAAAACAAACUGCUGAAUACAAAUAUUGGGAAAGAAUAGACAAUCAACUGCGAAAAUUUAUGUACAAAAAAGAUAUUCCAAAGCUACUCAGAAGCAAAAUAACCCAAUAUAUCAUCUAUUUAAGAAAAAGCAGCAAAAAUAAUUUUAAUGACGAUCAGAUUCUUAGCUGCCUCAGCUCUCAGCUGCGUGAUGAAGUUUAUAUUCAAACCCGUGGCCAAUCUUUGACUGACUGUCCACCAUUUGGAAUAUAUCCUCCAUCAUUUUUAAGGACUUUAGGAAGAAAUCUAACGAUUAAGGUUCAUGCUCCUAGCGAUUUAAUUAUUAAAGAAGGAGAAAUGAGCAAUGAUGUCUAUUUCAUUCAGAGUGGAAUUGUUGAAAUCUACCAUGAAGCCACUAUGACAGCUUUUAAACAGUUAAAAAAAGGCAAAUAUUUUGGAGAAAUUUCUUUUUUUUUGGAUUCUACAAGAAGUGCUUCAGCAAGAUGCUUGGCAUAUAGUGAGCUACUAAGCUUAAGCCGAUUAUCAAUGAUAAGAAUGUUCAUAUCGCGGCCCAAUGAAAAAGAAAUUACGGAGCUCUUACUCCCGCCAUCCGUGAGUGAACACAAACUUUUUUAAUAGAAAAAUUUUAAAAAUAAAUUAAUUUUUUACUAAUUUUUUAAAUUUCGAAAAUUUUUUUUUCUAUAAAAUUUAUAUAUAUUUUUUUUUAAAAAAAAAUUGCCCCCCUCUGUGAGAGAACAAGAUUUUUUGUUCGCUUACGGAAGGGGGAGUUAGUAAAAGAAUGCGAAGAAGACCUCUCAGCUCUAGGAAUAAAAUGCUAUUUAUGCUCAAAGUCAGGACACAUAGCUAGAGAUUGUGAGCUAUAUCGAUUUCAGAUUGACCGUGACAUUGUUGUGUUUAUGGCUAACAAAGAAAAACACAAAUGAGGAAAAUUUGUAAAUUUAAAUGAUAAAAUUAGGAGAAAGAUAGAAAGAAAACGAAAAAGUGCAAAUAUAUUGCAGGAUUUCUCACUUCAAAAUAUAAGUGGAAAGAGUGAGCCGAAAUUCAAAAGAGAGUCAAUCAGAGAGAAAGCAGAAAAAUUGUAUAUUGAAAAAGAUUUUAAUGGAAAUACCUCACAAUUAGACUUAAUCCAAGAAGAAAGCAAUGAUGAGCCAGAAGAAAGUACAGCUGUACUGCCCGAAUAUAUGAGAUUUAGAGAAAUAUUUCUUAAAAAUUCUUUCAAAAUGCGAACUAAUAAACAGCUUUCAGUCAACGUCCCAGAUUUGCCUGAUCUGGAAGGUGAUCAGUACGAAGACUUUUUAGAUUCGCCAUGCUAG